UUAAAGCUGGUGCCUUUUGGGUUGUGUGAGGGCUCUGCUCGCCUCCCAAACAACCACAGAACCACAGACGUGCGGCUCGGGGUUGGUGUUUGAGGGCGACCUGGAGUGUAAAUGGUUAAUCGUCGCGGGCCAGCACCAGUCACAAGGACGGCGCUAAGCGAGACGUGUCAGGGGUCACGGAAACCACAGAGGAACAAAAGUGGGGCUUGCUGCAACCAGAGGCAGCUAUGGCAUCUAACAGCCUCUUCAGCACAGUGACACCAUGUCAACAAAACUUCUUCUGGGAUCCCAGCGCCAGUCGGAGGUUCAGUCCGCCGUCCAACAGCCUCCAGCCGGUCCCAGGGAAGAUGAACGAUGUGAGCUCUCCAGCCGGGCAGCCGGACGCAGCGGCGGCGGUGCCAAGACUGCGUCCCCACGAAAACCGCAGCAUGGCCGAGAUCAUCGCAGACCACCCGGCCGAGCUGGUCCGCACCGACAGCCCCAACUUUCUGUGCUCGGUCUUGCCCUCCCACUGGCGGUGCAACAAGACGCUGCCAGUCGCCUUUAAGGUGGUCGCCCUUGGAGACAUACCAGACGGGACCGUUGUCACAGUAAUGGCAGGCAACGACGAGAACUACUCCGCCGAGCUGCGGAACGCCUCAGGUGUGAUGAAGAACCAAGUGGCUCGCUUCAACGACCUUCGCUUUGUGGGCCGCAGUGGCCGAGGCAAGAGCUUCACGCUGACAAUCACAGUAUUCACCAACCCACCACAAGUGGCCACUUACCACCGAGCCAUAAAGGUCACCGUGGACGGACCGCGUGAGCCCAGGAGACAUCGUCAGAAACUGGAGGACCCUCCUAAGACCGGUCUCUUCUCAGACCGCCUCAGUGAGCUGGAGAGGAUGAGGGUGAGGGUGGCCGUUCCCACUCAAGGCCCCCGGCCACCUCUCAACGCAGGGGCCAACUCCUUCAACCCGCAGGGACAGACGCAGAUAACAGACCCUCGUCAGUCCCAGUCCUCUCCUCCCUGGUCCUAUGAACAGACGUACCCGUCCUACCUGAGUCCCAUGGCGUCCCCCUCAGUCCACUCCACCACCCCCCUCUCCUCCAGCCGAGGCACGGGCCUGCCUGCCAUCAGUGACGUGCCUAGACGAUUGCCAGGUACUUCUGAUCUGAGCCCGUUCCCCGGUCAGUUCGAGCGUCAGUUCCCGGGCCUCUCCUCCCUCACAGAGAGCCGUUUCUCCAGCCCUCGGAUGCACUACCCGGCCACCUUCACCUACACGCCGCCCGUCACCUCCGCCAUGUCGCUGGGCAGCGCCCACUACCACACCUACCUGCCCCCUCCGUACCCGGGCUCCACCCAGAGCCAGAGCGGACCCUUCCAGACCAGCAGCACGCCGUAUCUCUACUACGGCGCUUCGUCCGGCUCGUACCAGUUCUCCAUGGUUCCCGGCGGGGAUCGCUCGCCCUCCCGCAUGAUCCCGCCUUGCACUAGCGCCUCCACGGGCACCUCCCUGGUGAACCCCAACCUGCCCAGCCAGACGGAGGGAGGGGUGGACGGCGACGGGAGCCACAGUAACUCCCCGACCGUUCUCAACACCGGAGGCCGCAUGGAUGAAGCUGUCUGGAGGCCAUAUUGAAGAAAAAGCGAAGGGGAAGUCAACUGAUGUCAUGGUUUGAAAGCACAAAACCUUUUUUUUUUUUUUUAAAUUGAAAAGGGGAUUUUGGAGCUCUCAUCUCUACGAUUUACUUGGAAAUUAAAGUUGAGAUAAAAAAAAACAAAGACUUGUAUGGACUCGUCUUCCUGGAAUGUGUUUUGACCAAGGCACUACAAAGGGAGUCAUUCUCACAGCAAUAACGAGAAAGACCAUUUUUCGGUUUACUAGGCCCAGUGGAUGAGACUAUAUUUCAGUUUUAUUAUAAUCCACAAGCUAAGGGAUGCUUCAACAAUAUUUGUAAAAGACUGCCUCUUUUGUAUAGUGUUUGUAUUUCAAUAAGGCUUUUUGCUGAGCAUGUUUUUGUACUACGACAAUAUCAAGAUGCAAGUUAGGCACUGAGUAGCAAGUGAUGAGAGUAACACAUAUGUUACCUUAAGUGGUAUGGACAGUAAAUUUGCUUUAAACCGAUUAAUUUAACUUGUAUAUUGUGGGUGAAACGUUGGUGUAGAUUGAGGCGUUUUCUUAGUUUUAACUUAUAAAGCCAUAAAUUAUGUAUUGUAUUUGAAACUUGAGUCAAAGAAGUGUAAUCUGAAUAUUUUUGAUGCAUCUAUAUGACUAAGUUAAAAUGUUUUGUUUUUUGAUAGGUAAUUUAAAAAAAGAGUGAGAGGUUUAAUUGUUUUUGUCGUACCCAAAGAUUUAAAUCGUUUCGAAUAUGAAAUGUAAUUUCCAAAGAGUAUUGCAACAUGUUUCUUCUGGUGUAACUUUCAGUUUUACUGCUCCUCGCGUUAAGAGCCCGACAUCCUCGCGAGGCGUUGACACACAUUUGGCCUGGAA